AUGAGGAGCAAGAGUGGUGGAGUCUGUUUCAGCUAUCUUGAAUCUGGGACAUGCCGCUUUGGAUCGACGUGCAAGUUUGCCCAUGUUGAGCCAGAGGAGAAUGGUUCUGAGUCUUUCGUUCAAAGCCCGCAACGAAAUGACCAUAUUAGUGAUUUCUUUGCCGAAUAUCCCGACUUCGACUACGAUGAGUCUGCAGAAAUUUGGCGCGAAUUUUAUCGCAUGUGCGAUGAAUUUGGUUGGAAUAAGAGGCAGGAUGAGAAGGAGGAAGCCAUGGAGAACUUCAAGUCAGCAAUGGUUCAGCAGUUCAACGACCUCUAUGGCACGGACGGGGAUGACCUGAAUGCCUGGCAGAGUUUGUGUCAUGUUCUAAAUAUCGUCCCAAUGCCUGUUGGCCUGAACGACUGUCGAAAGGUGAGCCAUGAUACCGCUCCACUUGUUCGUGUUGAUAGCAGUUCGUUUACCACGAGUAGCGGAUUCGACAGACGCAUGUCAAUCUUGUGGACCUUGUGGACGCUCCGCGAACAGGAGUCCCAGUGA